AUGAAUCGCCAGAUCAUUCAACAAGGCCCGGUGCUCUUCGUAGAUCUCAGUUCACCUACAGCAGCGGACGGGGCGUUAGCAGAAGCCCGCGAGGAUUAUUACACCUUAUAUGACGAUGGCAGCUUCAACAUCAGCGAAUGUAUCGAUCUCACGGCUGAAGAACACGGGGACGAUGGCCUCGGGGAGGAGGAAAAGGCAUAUGAGCGGAUUUUAAGGGAAAGCCACUUCACGAGCACCAAUGCUACCAAGAAUGCGCGUGCCCGACACGCCUACAGUGCUAUCCCAAACUUGACUGCCCCAUCCGCCAAGGCACAUUCAUUAGAUGAGUCAUAUCAAGCCUUUGCGGACAUGAUUUUUGUAAUGGAUGUGUCGCGCGAUAGAUAA